AUGUCAGAUGUGCUAAUCUCACUGAUAUCAAUACAAUCGAUUUUUCAACAUCGUUCAUCAAUUGAAUCAUCCCACUUUUUCAGUCCAAAUUUAUUUGUACCAACUUCACAAAUAGUUGAACCAAAUAAAUUAAUAUUGAGAAACGACUCAGAAAUAUUCUUUGCCAUUGAUAAUUUGGUAAGAUGUUGUAUAAUAAAUCCGAUUACUACAAAUUAUAAAUUACUAAAAACUUUACAACCUAAUUUUGAAAUUCUAAGCUUGGAAUUAAAUGAACUGGGUAAUUAUUUAGCUUUAAUUGGUGAAUCAAAAGUUGAGAUUAUUGUUUUACCUCCAAGAUUAAAUACAAAACAAAAAUCAAUACAUGUCGAAAACACAAGGAAUUAUAAAAUUGUGUUGCAAAAGGGUAAAAUUAAGAAAAUGAUUUGGCAACCCAUUAUAGCUAGUGAUUCUAUGUUGGUAAUAUUAACUGAUCAGAAUGAAAUUUUUGGUUAUGAUCUUAAGAAGUCAACCACUAUACCAACGAUUAAAAUUCAAGCUAAAGAAAAUUUAAAUUCAAUUACAUUUGGAUCAAGGAGUAAAAUUAGUGAAGGGUUGAAAUUAUAUGCUGCAACUGAUGAGACAAUUUUAAGAUAUGAUUUUUUUACUGAAACUACGACGAUUGCCGUCUCGGAAAAUGCAUUGGAUGUUGCUAUAGAGGAUUCCAAAUUAAUCAUUGAAUUGAUUGAGGAAGAAUUUGAAGACCAACCAAAUUCAUCAUUACUUCGACAAGCACAAGAUCAAUUAUCUUAUUAUAAACUCCUACAAUUGAAUGAAUUGCUGAAAAAUUUUAGAGAAGUAAGAUCUGUAUAUUCCCAAAAUCCCAUCGAAUUAUUUACUAUAAGAAUGAAGAACUUAGUACCCAAGCAUGAACCAGAAAUCGUUGCCAGUAUUGGUGCUGAUGAUAUAAUUUCAUUUGGAGAUAAUGAACAAAUUUCUUUAAUUGCAACUAUACAAAAUAAUACUAUUUCUUACUUCACAAAAGUUUUGGAUACAAAUUUCAUCAAAAUUAAGAAAGUACCUGAUCAUUACCAGAAACCGAAAAGAGGAUUUGGAUUUGUUGAAGUACAAGAUGAUAUAAAUGUGGAAUUUGACUUUUAUAAAAAAAAUUUAUCCGACUUAGAUUUUAUUCAAUCGGAAAUAUUACCAGUUGAAGGAUCAGGAUACUUGAAAGCUGUAAAUCAUCGAGAUGAUAAAUUUGUAGCUGUGAUUGAUUCAAAUUUAUUAACUAUAAAUUGUGAGUGGGUAAAUGAUUUAGUUGUCGACUUAAUUAAUAACAACAAGGACUGUUUGUCCACCAUAAAUCCAAUCUACGACUUGAUAUCGAAAGGUAAAGACUUACAAGGAUUUGCAUUUAUUUCUCAAUUUGAUAAAGAAGUUGCAAUAGUCGUCAGAGACAGCUUAGAAAUAGUCGACAUAAAUAAGGACGAAGAGGUGCAUCAUGAAUCAACAAACAAAGGUGAGUUAUUAAUUGAAGAUAAACCACACGCACCAUCAUUAAAUUUGACAGAGGGACAACCAUUUGCUGAAAUUGAAACUAAUUUGAAAAAUUUGAAAAACUCAAUUCUUAAAAGACCUCAAGGAGAUUUGUCUCCAUCAGUUGAAAAUUUGGCAAAAAUCAAUGAAAUUUCGAUUAAAACCAAUAAAGUUAUUACAAAUUGUUCAGUUUAUGCAAUAAAAUUGCAAUCGAGAAUGAUUUUACAAUUAAGGUCACUUACUUUACAAGCCGAAACUUUAAAAAGUUUGUCUACCGCAGAAAAACCAUACAAUGAAAAAACCAGUAAGAGGAUUUCCGAUAUAAAGCUAAAACAAGAUAAGUUACAAGUUAAAUUAAAAAACAUUCAAAAUAAGAUAAAUGAUGAAUUUUUUAAGAUAAAAGAUAUUCCAUUCUCAAAUGAUGAAAAGAAAUAUUUUGAUGAAAUUAAUAAAUGUAAUACAUUAAGUUUUGAACUUGUCAAAAAAUUAGAUGAUUAUAGGAGUCAACUUGAUGAAUUAAAAAAGGAGAAACAUGAAAAAAAGAAAAAAGAAGCUGCUGACAUUGAAGGUGAAGAAGCCUCCACAUUGAAUGAUUUACGAACUUAUCAAAAAGUUAAAAAAUUAAAAAAUUGGUUAAAUCAUCAAGAUUCUGAAAUUCAUGAAUUGAUGGAUAAGGUCAAAAUCUAUUGA